GACAAGGAACUACGUUUGAUGGGUCAACCGCCCUGGAUGUUGAGCCGUAAUGGCGUCAGUGGCGCAGCAAGAUAGCCGUUGGAAAAGGGACUAAGGCGGACUCACGGGAACGAUUUCCGGGUUUCCCCUUCCUGGGCUGGGACAGCGACAAGAGGCAAAAAAGCUCCUGUUGAUUAAUAUUUCAAAGUUACGCUCAGCAGACGUCCAAUCAACAAUAGUGAUGUCUCAAUCUGGAGAGAAAGGGAAGUUCCCAGAUGCAACAGGUUACGUAGGAUUUGCCAACCUGCCAAACCAAGUGCACAGAAAAUCAGUGAAAAAAGGGUUUGAGUUUACCCUGAUGGUUGUAGGGGAGUCUGGUUUGGGCAAAUCUACACUCAUAAACAGCUUGUUUCUCACUGAUCUCUACCCUGAACGCUACAUCCCUGGUGCCGCAGAGAAAAUCGAGAGGACGGUGCAGAUCGAGGCAUCAACUGUGGAGAUUGAGGAGAGAGGGGUGAAGCUUCGCCUCACCGUGGUCGAUACCCCUGGAUAUGGCGACGCCAUUAACAGUCAGGACUGCUUCAAGACCAUCAUCCAGUACAUUGACAAUCAGUUUGAGCGAUACCUUCAUGAUGAGAGCGGGCUGAACCGAAGACACAUAGUGGACAACAGGGUGCACUGCUGCUUCUACUUCAUAUCUCCAUUUGGGCAUGGUCUUAAGCCUCUGGAUGUAGAGUUUAUGAAGGCCAUCCACAGCAAAGUCAACAUUGUCCCAGUUAUUGCCAAGGCUGACACACUGACACUGAGGGAGAGGGAUCGCCUGAAGAGAAGGAUCCUGGACGAGAUCGCGGAGCACGGGAUCAAAAUCUAUCAGCUACCUGACGCCGACUCUGACGAGGACGAGGAGUUCAAGGAGCAGACCAGAGUCCUGAAGGCGAGCAUUCCCUUUGCUGUGAUUGGCUCCAACCAGCUGAUUGAGGUGAAGGGGAAGAAGAUUCGUGGUCGUCUCUACCCCUGGGGAGUUGUUGAAGUGGAGAACCCCGAGCACAAUGACUUCCUCAAACUACGCACCAUGCUUGUGACCCACAUGCAAGACCUCCAGGAGGUAACUCAGGAUCUGCACUAUGAGAACUUCCGCUCAGAGAGACUGAAGAGAGCCGGCAGGGCUGUGGAUGAAGAUGUGGUUGAUAAGGACCAGAUCCUGCUACAGAAAGAGGCUGAGCUGAGACGCAUGCAGGAGAUGAUCGCUCAGAUGCAAGCACAGAUGAAGAUGAAAUCAGAUGACUAAGAGGGUCAGAAGGGAAGCACGGGGAUCCAGGUAUCCAUGAUCACGUCGUCUUCAUCUGCACACCGCCAUCACUCUUCCUUCUCCUCCUCCUUCUUCUUCCUUCCAAACAUCCAUCCAUCAGCUGUUCAGGAACUCACCACUGAUGUUUUUUUUGUUUUCAAAGUCUUGUCAAAACUCUUUCUGAGUAUCAUUUACAUAUCUUUUAUUUAGUCUUUGAUCUUAAUAUUGGUCGAUAGAGCUGCCAGUGACAACGGUACGAAGAUGUUCUGCCAUCACACUAACAUGUUUACAAGAAUAGAUGUCCAGAUUGUUCAAGUAGAAGCUUCAGAUGGAACCAUUUCCCAUUAGUUCGGUAUCAGGUUUGAACUAUUUUGAAUAUGUUUUAACUUGUCAUGUUUACUGUUUUAAUAUCAUUGAUUCAGUGCUUCAGUCUGAUAAUGCAACAAUUCUAGGUAUUACCUCAGUGAAAGGCAGGUGUUGUUAUGAAUGAGGUAAACUGUCCAUGUUGAGAAUGAGGAAUACCCACUUGUCGGGCUUUCUAUGCAAAAUAUUUGUCCUUAAUCGUGUUAGAAACUUUAUCUUGUAGCCAAAACUACAAACUUAAUUUGAGGCAUUUGUUUGACGUUUAGGCUAGAAAAGCUGUAGUCAAACUAAUAGCACUAAGUUAUAAAGAGAAACAACCAGACUUUUUGAUCACGUUGUAGUUGAAAGGAAGUGUCAUGUUGUUAAUGUUUUUGUAUUUAUAAUCAAGAACUGCACAACCUUAAUGUCUGUGCCAAACUUAUGACUGAAUACAAAUCAAACUAUUCAGCGCAGUAACUUAACAUGUGUCCAUAUUUGCUCCAGUUAUUUUGUGUUGGUACACUACAUGUGCAGUCAUUCAUCAUACUGUAUUUGGCCUUUCUCAUUUAAAAUAUCUUUGAUAUUUAACUGUUGUACGUGUGUAAACUUCCUCCAGCGUGUCCUUGAGCAGCAGACUAAAAGUCCUUCUGCUCUCAUAAAUGUGCCAUGGUAUUAUUUUGUUUUUCUGUCUUUUGCUCUCAUAUGCCGAUGUGUCCGUUGAACUUACUGAGAUAAACAUCAUUAUUAAUUCUUAACCGUGUGUCAGUAAAGACUUGUUUUUAGGGUUCAACAUGUUUUUUUUGUAUCUUUCGGAAAUAAAAAUUUGUUUAGAGAAAAAAA